AUGGCUUUGGACGUCCUUGCCGUGGCCCCUCUCUACCAAGACCCUGACGUCAACAGAGUAAGGCUGAUAGCACAGACAACCAAAAAGUCCACCACCCCGCCAAAACCCUUGCCUCCUACCAAGACCAAACUCACCACCAUCGAGACCAAGAGGAUCAUGUCCGUCCUGGACGAGACCAUUCACAAGGUGGAGUGGGUGACCCUGCUGUCAUACGUGGCAUCCAGCUCCAAGAAUUUGGAGGGGAUGCUGGGGGAGGACAUCAUGAAAGCAGUGAGAGAGCACGAGGACCUUUGCCAGAUCCUCCUGGAUCGCAUCAAUUACCUGCAGGAGGAAGAGAGGCAGUUGCAGGAGGAAGAAGAGUUCGAGGAUGAACCGUGGUUCCGAGACCGUGUCCUCUCCAUAAAGGUGCAGAAAUCCCACCUCCCACCCCUUAUGCAGCAGAUCAAAGGAUCCACCAAGAACAUCGUGAGAUUCCUGCUCAGUAACCCCCAGGCUGCCAGUCUGUUGCAGGUGCAGACCCCAGGCAGAAGUGCGGAAGCCCAGAGUUUUAUUGAUAGCCUGGUAGAACUCCGAGGUUUCCUGUUUGAGAAGCUAGUCACUAGUCCCAUGGAAGCCAGAGACAAGACUCAGUUCCUCCAGGACAUCACCAGACGGAAUCAGAGGAACCAAGAAAUCAUCGAUACACUGGAAAAUGAAUUGGCAGUCUGCGUGAGGAACAGGGAUGCAGAGGUAGAGAAGGAGAACUUCGUGAUCCAAGAAAUGAAAAACCACCUGCACCAGGUGCCCAAGUUCUCAGAGAACAGCCUCCUUCGCACCAAGCAGGAGGCUGAGGAGCAGCAGAAGGCAGACUUCCAGGCCUCGCAGGCCCGGGUGGCCAAGAUCCAGCAGGAGAUCCUGCUGCUGCAGUCGCGGUUCAACAGCCUGGUCAUGGAGAACUGGAAGGCAGAGCAGGCGCUGAGGAAGAAAAAGUAUAAAGUGGAAACGGAAAUUGAGAACUGGAUCCAGAAAUACGAUUUGGAGAUGAGUGAAAAGCAGGAUGAGUACGAGGAGUUGGAUGUCAUCCACAAAGAGGAGAAGCUCCAGCUGGAGGAGCUGAAGAGACGGCAUGACGUGCUGGUGGAAGAGUUCUCCCAGAUCCGGGCCGAGCAGGAGAUCAACGCCAAGAAGAGGCUGGAAGCCGAGCAGGAGAUGGUGCGCAUGGUGCGGGCUGCCACGCUCAUCCAGGCCCUGUGGAGGGGCUACCUGGUCCGCUCCAUGCUCAGGUCCAAGAAGAAGAAGCGGAGCAAGAGCAAAGUGAAGGAGAAGGGCAAGGGCAAGGGCAAGGGCAAGGGCAAGGGCAAGAAGUGA